ACCCGGGCAGUUGCGAUUUUUAUCCUGUGUUGUUACAGUUUGUAGCCAUGGCUGAGCCGAAAACUGCUCCUGCUCCCAAGAAGGGCUCUAAGAAAGCCGUUUCUAAGACUCAAGCUAAGGGUGGGAAGAAACGCAGAAAGACCAGGAAGGAAAGCUAUUCCAUCUACGUGUACAAAGUGCUGAAGCAAGUUCACCCCGAUACGGGUAUUUCUUCUAAGGCGAUGGGAAUCAUGAACUCGUUCGUGAAUGACAUCUUUGAGCGCAUUGCAGGUGAAGCUUCUCGCUUGGCACACUACAACAAGCGUUCAACUAUCUCAUCCCGAGAGAUCCAGACUGCUGUAAGGCUGCUGUUACCCGGAGAGCUGGCCAAGCAUGCCGUGUCUGAAGGCACCAAGGCAGUUACUAAGUACACCAGCUCCAAGUAAACGAGACUGCUUGAUAUAAAAACGGCUCUUUUCAGAGCCACUUA